AUGAUGGAACUCUACAACAAGUUAGCUCUCCUGAACAAAAUGGACGUCGCUUGCAAUCUAAAGCUUGGAUCUUACCAAGAAAGAGUGGACUUACUAGAUCAAUUGGAGCGCCACUACCAACCCCAUGUCUACGAAAACGACAACCUUCUACGUAAACUACUUGUUCCAGUGAUUAUAGCCGAGCAUACAAGACCAAAAUUAGAUCCCUGGACCGAAACUCAGGAAUUGAAGAAAAAUUGCAAAAUUCUAGGAUACACCUCAGCCACCUUAUUCGUCAUCGUUGCCGCCGGAGUAUUCUGGAGAAUCAGAACCGCUUGA